CGGUUUUUGAUAUGUGAAGGUCGUCAAUGAUGCCGCCCUGGGUGAAUAUUGUUGAUUUACCUGUUCAGCUAGUUGAGCAAGUUUUCAAGUAUUUAAGAUACGAAGAAGUUUCUAAACUGAGAGAGACAUGUAGAUUUUUCGACUUUGUAUGCCGCGGCAUUCUUAACAAAGGAUUUAAGACUAUUGAGAGAAUGGUUGUAUCCUAUCAUUCAGAACUUCGUUCUCUGUUGCCACGACGUGAAUCUGAGCGUCGAAAUCACCUGCUUAACAGGUUUGAUUCAGUUAAGUUAUGAAUUUGCCUAGACACUGUGAAACUCUGUCUGCGAUCGAGACACGUCUGUCUCUUUUGAAAAUGAGUAUCAUGCGCUAUGCAGACAAAGAUCGCUGUUGUUUUUUCCCCGGAAAGGUUCUUGAUGAAAUGGAAGGUGUCUGUCGGUUCAUACGACUGAAUCAAGGUGUUCCGAUAAGACCAUAUGAUAUAUUGCAUGAACUUCGAGAUAUAUCUUCUAUGGCGAUGGAGCAUUUUGAAGAAAACAUCCUUCCAUCUCUGCAUCUGAAGUCAGAUCUUGGUAACUCGUGGUUAUCAUCUGAAUUAUCAAGCCCUUCCAUUAGUCAAGCUCGAGGUCCUAUACCAUUAGACGAGCUCCGCGCAGUUUCAACUUUCAAACGGCAUCAACUAAACCAGUUAGCCCAACAUUCAUGUCAACUCGCUAAUACGGAAAAUAUCACCCACAAGGAAUCAGGAACUAUUUCUAGAGAAUUAGCGGUCAAUCAAAAGUUAACUUCUGACAUAAAGCGACUUAAACAGGGUCAAACCUUAAACAUGACCCGCAUCUGUAAAUUGAGUCGUCUGGUGUAUCAUUUACUUUGUAAACAACGAGAAGUGACUGAGCAGAACAAACAGUUGGGUUCACUAUUAAAAAUGCAAAGUCGUAGAAUAAAACAGUUAGAAGCUGUUUGUGGGACAAAUACAGUCAACAGUUCAGACGGAUUAGAGUCAACAUCGUCGUCGUCACCUUCAUCGGUUGUUUGCACUUCGUCUUCACCGAGCCACUGCAAUCAGUUAUCUUCAUUUAAUGAACAGAAUAUCUUAAAGUCUGGUAAUAAAAGAGUUAAAUCUAGUGAUGUUCAUGUUUGUGACAAUGAAAUUCAUUGUAUGGUGCCGUCGAAAGUACUUUUUUUGUCAGAGAUUGAUUAAAUUUUACAUCAAAAUUACUUCUUAUUUCUUCUUUUAAAAAAGUUUGUUUCAUUUACGUAUUUAGGUAAAAAAAAAACUCAGUAAAUGCGAUUCACUUUAUUUUAUUUCAUUUUCUUUUCCAGGUAAAUUAAUUAGUUUCUUUUGUACAUUAUUUUAUUUACCGGAAUGUAUAUAUGUUACUUACUUACAAUAUAGUUAUCUUUAUUUA